AUGUUCUUUCCGCGCCAUCUUCCCUUGUGGCUGCAAACUCUCGCAGUACUUGUACUGCUGUGCGGCCAGUUUACCAUCAGGGCUGAGCCUUUGCCUGUCGGCUCGCUUGCAACGAGCAAUAUCGCAGCGAGAAGCCCAGGGCUCCGUCGAAACCUAUGUGAGGCUGGAAGCUGUGGCAGAGCGAGCAAACGUGACUACAUUGACGAGGCAGACAUUGACAAUGACGAGCACGAAGAGAAGGAGGACAGUGAUUCCUCCGAUUUGGAGCGACGACUCCUCUCCUUCACAGAUGAUGGAAAUGGAACCUUUCCGUCCGCGUCCGAACUGGACAAGCGAGGAUUGGAUAGAGUAUCGCCUUCGAGACUUGAUGACUAUAUCAAGAGAAUCACAAACAAUCGACGCGGUGACUUGAUGAUCCCGCUGAUCCCUGACGAUACUACCUCGUCAUCUGAGUUCAAAAAAUUUGGAAACGUACCAUUCAACAUCGGAACCAAGGAUCUCUGUGGAUGCACCUGUUUAUUUCUCGUCUCUGACCAAGCUGUUUAUGCUGCUCAUUACUAUGAAGAUAUUUCUUUCAACCCUCGAGGUUUCCAAAGACAAGUCAAAGACUUUCUCCGUUCUCCUCGUUCCUGGGUCAGUGGGGAGGAACAGUUAAGAUACAAAAGUCUCCAACAAGUCGAAAAAUACUUCCCAGAAGAUACGACCGAUGCAUUCAUUUUGACCCCUGCCAAGGAAAUUGGAGAAGACAGGAACGGGUUACCGGUUUAUGACACCACCAAAGCUCAAUAUAAGCAGAGGAUGGAUGGACAAGAACCUUAUAUCAGCCAACUGCAGAACAUUGUUCGUGAUAUGAUAGGUGUAAAACCUGAAGUUCAUGUUUAUGAGGCUGCGGACCAAGAGAAAGAAGGUGCAAAACUGGAUUAUACUGUCAGUGGCCGUGCACUCUUUCAAUAUGACCCUGAAGGUCCCGGUGAGGUGAGGCUGUUUUUUGAAAACAAAAAAGUAUUGCAUGGCAGUGCAGACUGCUGA